CCCCGCUUCAAUGUUCGAUAAAGCGACAAGCCUUGUCCAAACAAAUCCAGGCCGAACUAAGCGCCGCAGAUGAGCCAACAUCCACAUCUUCUAAUACACCUGAGACACGAUGGAAUCAUUUCAAAGAAGUAGUCUCUAAAGCUUCAAUGUCGCAUUUGGGUACCACAUCCAACAAACAGAAAGACUGGAUUUCAGAGCACACUAUGCAUCUAUCCUCGCAAGCCAGAGACGCUCGCCUAGCAAAGUCUCCAGUUUAUCGCUCCCUCAGGCGCAAAGCUACACAGUCUGCUAGGAAUGAUAGAAAUCGCUAUUGGUCUAAUGUGGCGACUAACAUGGAAGGAGCAUCAAAUGUAGGCGAUUUCGGAAAACUUUAUCGCCUCAUACGCCUAUCAUCUGGCAAACGCCUUAACAGCCAUGCUGUGUUACGCACAGCAUCAGGAGAAAUUAUUUCGGACACCAAUGGUAAGAUGGAACGAUGGGCCGAACAUUUCAAGCAGCUACUCAAUCGCAACGCUGGUCAACCGCCUCAUCGACCGAUACAACACUUACCAACACCCUACGUAGUUGACUGCGAUCCACCCACUCCAACCGAAAUAGCUAAAACAAUUAACAGACUCAGGAACAAGAAAGCUCCGGGCGAAGAUGGUCUACCUCCAG